AUGUCUCUCUUAACCAUUCUUCUCCCCUUCACCUUCCUCUUUCUACUCUUUCCCAUCUCAACACACGCUUCUUCCAUUAGUUACCCAAACAAAACAAAAACACACCCUUGCCCACCGUUCUCCUCCACCCCACCUUUCCCAUUCUCAUCUUCCCCAGGCUGUGGCCACCCUUCUUUUCAACUAAACUGUUCAUCUCCUCACUCUUUCAUCUCCAUCAACAACCUCUCUUUCUCCAUCCUCUCUUACAAACCCAACUCUUCCUCAAUCACUCUCUCCCCUCAUAACCCACAAAACAACAACAACAACACUUGCCCAUCUUCAUCUUCAUCUUCAAUCCCUAAUAAACCCAUCAACCUCUCAAACUCACCAUUCACUCUCUCAGAUGAACUAUGCUCACGUCUCUCUUUUCUCCAACCUUGUUCCCCUCCAACACUUCCCAAUUGCAGUCACUGCCCUUGGCAAUGCAAAAUCAUCAAAAACCCAACAGAAAUCUUCACUAACUGUAGAUCUAUGCAUCACUCUGUUUCUGAUUCUGAACCGAGUUGCCAAAGUGAUGUUCUUGAUUACCUCAACGAGAUACUCACUUUCGGUAUCGAAGUUCAAUGGGAUGAAGCAUUAACACAAGAUACUUACUUCACAAAUUGCACAGAAUGUAUCAACAGAAAAGGCUUCUGCGGUUACAAUUCAUCAGACCCGGAAAAACGCUUCAUAUGUUUCCAUUCCAAAGAAACCAUUUCGCCGCCGUGGAUUCACAAAAUGAAGCUUAACAAAAUCGCUGUUUUCGCGGUUAUUAUCGCUUUCACUUCGUUGCUUCUUUUUAUCACAGUAACAAUCUCGAUCCUCCGAUCGAGAAGCUUAAACUCUCAAUCAGUAUCAGAAGAUCCAACUACCGCCUUCCUCCACAACCACCACUCCGCGAAUCUCUUCCCACCGGUUUUCACCUACGACGAACUAAACUCCUCCACUAACAACUUCGAUCCAAACCGCAAAAUCGGCGACGGCGGAUUCGGUUCAGUUUACCUCGGCAAUCUCCGAGACGGAAAACUCGCCGCCGUGAAACACCUCCACCGCCAAAACCACACUGCAGCGUUCUUAUCAAAAUCAUUCUGCAACGAGAUUCUCAUUCUCUCUUCAAUCAACCAUCCAAACCUCGUUAAACUUCACGGUUACUGCAACGAUCCUCGAGGCUUGAUUCUCGUAUACGAUUACGUUCCAAACGGAACCCUAGCAGAGCACAUUCACGGCUCAAAGAGUAAAGGAAAGGGUUACAAGCUGACGUGGCAAACGAGACUUGAUAUCGCCAUACAAACGGCGUUAGCGAUGGAGUACCUUCAUUUCGCAGUUAAGCCACCGAUAGUUCACAGAGAUAUAACGUCGUCAAAUAUCUUCGUUGAAAAGGAUAUGAGGAUUAAAGUCGGUGAUUUCGGGUUAUCGAGGUUGUUGAUUUUACAAGAAACGAGUCAAACGACGUCGUCUGGUGGCUUUGUUUGGACCGGUCCUCAAGGUACUCCGGGGUAUUUAGAUCCGGAUUAUCACCGGUCGUUCCGGUUAACGGAAAAGAGUGACGUGUACAGUUUUGGUGUUGUUUUGCUCGAACUAAUUACGGGGCUUAAAGCUGUAGAUUAUUGUAGGGAUAAACGUGAGAUGGCGCUUGCUGAUAUGGUUGUUUCAAGGAUUCAUACAGGUCAGUUGAAGGAAGUACUUGACCCGGUUCUUGAUUUGGGGAAUGACGGUGAAGCGCUUGAUGCGGUGGCUGCCGUGGCAGAGUUAGCUUUCCGGUGUGUUGCCUCGGAUAAAGAUGAUAGACCUGAUUCGAGGGAGGUUGUUGGGGAGUUGAAACGGAUUCGGUUACGGAGGUCAGUGAAUGAUGACGUGGCAAAAGAGUGA